AUGAAGACCUUAUUAGACGUUGUAAAGGAUUGCGACAACUUUCCCUACGCGGAAGAUCCAGAUUCAGCACAUGAGCAAGUACAGAGCUCACUAUGGAAAUUCUACCUGCCGGAGGAUCCCAGACCACACGGUCUCUUGAUUGAUGCCGUGGUAGAGGAUAUGCCAUGGACGGCAGACUUCCGGGUGAUCCCUACGCCUAAGAAAGAAGUGCACCUUAUUCGGCCGGAAGGCGCCAAUUGGCAAGAGAAAUGCGCUGAAAUCAUUGAGCGACAGGCUGAAAUUGCGCGCGAGAAAGGAGUGUUUCCUAAGUUCGGAAAAAAGAGGCACGAACAGUUCCCGAUUGUCGGUGCCAAGUUUCCUGUGGGUAUUGAUCGGAGUUUCUUCUCGUACCUUGGUAUCAUAGGUCGCGGGGUACAUAUGACAGCGUACACUCGGACAGAGUCCGGGUUGAAGUUCUGGAUUCCGCAGCGACAAUUUCACAAGGCCUACGGAGGUCUGCUGGAUAAUACCGUGGCUGGUGGUAUGGCCAUCGGAGAGCAGCCGUUAGAAUGUUUGAUUCGCGAGGCGUCGGAGGAGGCCGCAAUGCCUGAAGACCUGGUCAGGAAGAAUGUACGGGCUGCGGGUACUGUGAACUGGAUCACCAUCAGCGAUGAGCGAUCUGGUGGUCACCCGGGGCUCAUCAAUCCGGGAGUUCUCUAUGUGUAUGAUCUUGAAGUCGACUCAGAUAUGGUUUUCAAAGUGGUCGAUGAUGACGUAUACGCCUUCCAUCUGAUGGACACGGAUGAAGUGAAGGAGGCUAUGUUAAAUGGUAAAUUCAAACCGGCCAGUGCCAGUGUUCUCGUGGAUUUCUUCGUUCGACAUGGUCUUAUCACGGCCGAGGACGUGGAAGAUUAUCCAGAGAUUGUGUCCCGACUACAUCGGAAACUUCCUUUGGCAACCACUCCACAUUGA